AUGGCUUAUGAGAUUUCAUUCGGUAGAUGCAAAAUCGAACUUACAGAUAAUGGUGUGUCCAUGUUUAUUACGUGGAAAGGAACCAAAAAACAUUACGUCAAUCUUGGGAAAGCAUUCCAUCCCCUGAACGCAUGGGAAUCCGCAAAUAUACCAAUAACAAACGUUUUCACUGGAUCAGCAGCCGUAGCGUUUGUUGCUAUUUGGCGCUCACAAGCAGGGCGCUUUCUUACUACGGACGUAGAGAUUGCGUCAGAAGGAGGGAGAUGA